ACCGGUGCCACCGCGCGUAUAAAAAUACAGGGGGGUGGGGGGGGUAGAGGCUGGAGCGAGGGAACGCGAGGAAGUUAAUUGUUGGACGAUUUCCAACGGAAGCAGCAAAGUAUAGGACGACGACAGAUCGCACGCCAAGCUGUCGAGACAACGCGGCGAGAGAACGGACCCCUGUUCGCUGACCUCUGGCGAGAUGAGCACUUGUAAUGUAGACAUGAAGGAGGAAGACCUCGCCCUGCUCAAGGCAACCCGACGGAUCCCAAACAGCGACUGGAUGGCGGGGCUGCCUGAAGCCCUCUGGGAUAUCCCCCUGUGCCACCUCGCCAUCCCAGGCAGCCACGACACCAUGACCUUCGACCUGGAUGCAACAUCGUCGCUCGAGCCAUCUCAGCCACAGAUCCUGCACACGUUGUUGCAGGUGGUUCCCUGCAUCACGCGCCCCAUCAUCUACAGCUACAGCCACACGCAAGACUUCGGUGUGAGCGGACAGCUCGACAUUGGGGUGCGCUACUUCGACUUGCGAAUCGCGCAUUACGAGAAGGACCCCGCGGAGAUUCUGCGCUACACUCACGGGUUCUACACCACGCUCACCGUGCAGGACAGUCUGAGUGAGAUACGCGAAUGGCUCAACGCUCACCCACGCGAAGUGCUGCUCCUUGACUGCGCUGCAUUCUACGACGUCAACAGCAAGAUGCACGAGAUGCUCAUCGCUGCCUUGAAGGCCACCUUCGGCUCCAAGCUGUGCCCACGGCAAGAGCAGGUGACGCUUCGCUGGAUGUGGAACGCCGGAUACCAGGUGAUAGUUUUCUAUGACAACCGGGACAGCGUGUCUCUGCAUGAGCAACUGUGGCACAACAUCCCGUACCUAUGGGGAGACACGACGGACAUCAAGAAACUACUGGAAUACCUCAACCGGGAGCUGCAGUUGGGACGGAGGGAUGGAUUUUUUGUGGCGGGCAUGAACCUGACGCCAGACUCGCGGUACAUCAUUGAGAACCUGCGCGGCUCCAUCCGUCAGAUGACCAAGGGCGCGCUUCCUGUUGUCAUGGAGUGGCUCGUGCAGCAGACUCCGGGUGCCGCCUCCGCUUGUGUAAACGUGAUUGGCACGGACUUUACGGUGCCCGGCGUCGUGUCCACCAUCAUUUCCCUCAAUUGGAAACUCUUGCAGCGUGUUCCCGACGCCACAAAGGUUUUACGGUAGUUCAUCAGCGACAGUCGGAAUCUCGAUUUGUAGCGGUACGAAAAUGUGUUCUCGUGCACCCGUUCAGCUGUGAAUCCAUUCUCAGCAAGUUAUAUAGAGUGCUAUAUUAGAGCUGAUUGGAAAUUUGAUUGGUUAAGGGAAUAUGUGAUGUAUCAAGGUUAUUUCACAUUUAAUGAUUGCGAAUGUGAACUCUUUUGUGAAAUUAUUCCCAGUGGUUGGAACAUCUGAUUACUGUAUAGUACCAAUAGUGUGAUACCACUUUUUUUUAUUAUGGAAAGAUUGCACUGCAAUAUUUCUGAUGACCAUUAACAAAUGAAUGUGUGACACUGCCUACUCUACCGUUGGCGCAGCGGUUAGCAUGCUCCGCUACAGACUCAGCGACCCCAGUUCGAUUCCUGCUAUUGGCCAACACCAUUGAUUAUUAUCUGAACUGGUCCCGGGCCUCCCCUAGGUCGAUUCAGCCUCAAAUUAGUACCCAGUGUAGUGUGUAAACAUCGCCCUUGGGGAGACAAAGACGGUUGGAUAUGGUGCUGGCCACCCAUCCCUCGUGUGCUGUUCCGGCCUUCAUAAAUGCUCGCUAACAGCACUUGCCCCAACAGUAUGUUAAGGUUAUAAGAGGAAUCUUUGUCUUUUAGUUUUUUUCUCAAGUCUUGUAUUUGCCGUAUUUGAAUUAACACAAAGCAAUACAUAACAGCAAUAUUUGUGAGAUUGUUACAGGCUGCUGGGGAAUUGGGAAACUAAUUAGUGUCUUAUGAUACCCGGACUAAGCAAAAAUGAUCUGUUCUCAAGUUUUCUUUAGAACCAACUGAUGUAACAGGCCAAAGACAUUUUGCCGUUGCGUGAAAUCUGAAAAGUUACUUUACCAUUGGUGCGAGACUGAGAUUAGCCAUUAGAAAAAUUUGCAUAACAGGGUGGAUUGUAAACUUCUGAACUAUGGAUGGCAAUUUUUUUGGUUGUGGCUUUAAAUUUGAAGUGAAUCGUGGCAUUCAUCAAACAAUGAGAUAAUUGUCCUUGGAAAUGACAAUCUCCGGCGUACAAGUGGUUAGAUAAUUGAGACUACACCAGGCUGCAUUUUCAGCAUGUCAACUGUGUGGAUAUUUUCCCCUGUAGUUAACGACCUACUUCAGCCAGUUUGGCUGUGUGUGCUGAACAAGCUCACCCUGAAGCCAAAAAGGCAUAAUUGAAUGAUAUAUUUUUUUAUUUUCCCGGGAGUAGCAGUGAAUUUCCAUGCAAUGCAUGCAAGUCAUUUGUAUUCUGAGCACGCAUGUGCAGGGACGCAUUUUUGUGUUAAUCACUCGGGGACAUUAUGGAUUGGAAGUGUUUAAAUGUAAGAUUUAAGUUUCUUUCAAACAGUGGUGGGCUUUUGUACCGUUAUGAUUUUCUGAAAAAUGAUUAUCGAUGAAAAAUAAAAAAGCACUGAUGGCACGCA